UUCGUGCUUCCGCGUCGACCAACGUGAAAAGAAAAGGGUCCAAAGUCUGCUCACGCGAGCAGUGUGCGAAGUUCUUCCAGACUUCUUUUUACCCGAGUAACACAGUCUAUAUUAAAACCAAAGAAGCUUCGAAAACAUGGCAGAGAGUGACUGGGACACAGUGACUGUGCUGAGAAAGAAGGGCUCCGCUGCGCAGGCGAAAUCUAAACAGGCUGUAAUUGCCGCACAGAGACGGGGGGAGGACGUUGAGACCACAAAGAAGUGGGCUGCGGGUCAGAAUAAACAGCACGUUGUAACCAAGAACACAGCUAAACUCGACAGGGAAACGGAGGAGCUACACCACGACAGAGUGCCUCUGGAAGUGGGCAAAGUCAUUCAGCAGGGCCGACAAAAUAAGGGUUUAACGCAGAAGGACCUGGCCACCAAAAUAAAUGAGAAGCCACAAGUAAUUGCAGAUUAUGAAAGCGGGAAAGCCAUCCCCAAUAAUCAAGUAAUGGGAAAGAUUGAAAGAGCUAUUGGACUCAAACUGCGUGGAAAAGACAUUGGGCUGCCACUUGAAGCAGGGCCUAAGAAGAAAUGAACAAAAAAUCCUCGAAAUCCACCACUAAGCCCCUAUAAUUCCCUCACUACUCAAGUCUUUUAGUCCAUUUUCCCAUGCUGCUGCUUCACGUGUUCUCUUCCCUAAACAGUAAUAGAACUGCUUAUUCCAGUGGUGGACUGAAUGUCACUUGAUUGACAAUUGACAAUGCAAGAAAGUGUAAUCUUACAUAAUUUUAUGAAGUGCUGCAUAACUAGAACACUGCUUUUUUGAAGACAUAACCGGUUUAUGUGUUCUUUACAUUUCAGUUAUGUUAUGCUUGCUGUUUUCAAUGUGAAAUAAAUAUUUUUUUUUUUUGCAUUUGAACGUAUAA